UGGCUAUGAACACGUGAUAAUAGUCAACAUUCGAAUACAAUUUGGAUUCGUUGAAAGAAAAGAAUAUUUUCAACAAGAAUUAUGCUUUAUCUAAUCGGUUUAGGUCUUGGUGAUCAUACUGAUAUUACCGUUAAAGGAUUGACAAUUAUAAAACAAGCUAAACGUGUUUAUCUUGAAUCAUAUACAUCGAUUUAUUGUGAUGAUAGUAUUGAUGAAUUGGAAAAAUUCUAUGAACGUCCAGUUAUUGCAGCCGAUCGUGAAUUUGUCGAACAAAAUUCCGAUCAAAUAUUGGCCAAUGCUGAUAUCGAUGACAUUGCUUUUCUUGUUGUUGGUGAUCCAUUAGGAGCUACAACACAUACUGAUUUGAUACUUCGUGCAAGAGAUAAAGGUAUUGAACAUCGAAUUAUUCAUAAUGCAUCCAUUAUAAAUGCAUGUGGUUGUUGUGGAUUACAAUUAUAUAAUUUUGGUGAAGUAAUAUCAAUUCCAUUAUGGACCGAUCAAUGGAGACCAACAAGUUUUUUAGAUAAAAUUGAAGCUAAUAUUAAUCAUGGUUUACAUACAUUAUGUUUACUUGAUAUCAAAGUAAAAGAACAAUCGAUAGAGGCAAUGAUGCGUGGAAGGCAAGAAUAUUUACCACCAACAUUUAUGACUGUUAAUGUGGCUGCUCGACAAUUACUUGAAUCGAUUGAAGAGAAAUCAAAACAACAAACGACCAAACUGACAGCCGAUACAAUAUGUGUAGCAUUAGCUCGAAUCGGUAGUGAUAAACAAAAAAUAAUAAAAGGUACACUUCAACAAAUGAUCGAUGUUGAUAUGGGACCACCAUUACAUUCGUUGAUUAUUGUCGGACGACCAUUACAUCAUAUUGAAAAUGAAAUGCUUACAUUAUAUACAAUGAAGCAGCAAUAAAUAAAUGAAAUGUUCAUCAUUCUUUUAA